AUGACCUUUGUGAUUCAGGCAGCUGCGGUAAGCAAAGCCAUUCCCGCGCCUGCUGCGAGCACACUCAGCACCCAAGACGGUGUCAAUGCGGUUUACGCGGGCCUGCCGGACUUUUUGGCCGCUGUCAAAAAUCAGACACGAAGCGGCAUCACCAACACGAAGAAAUACUGGGAUCGUGGAUCUUGGGGCUAUGGAGAUUCGAAGUAUUCAUGGACGAAAACUAUGAAUCGGAAUAGCUAUGUAAUGCUUGCUGUGGACAAGCUCGGCAACGCAGCUUUGUCACAUGCAGAUCUGGUCUAUGAUGUGCAGCUACCACUACAAAUGGAGACUGUCCACUCCAUGAUCAUGCAGAUCAAGGCUGGAAAUGCUGGCAUUUCAAUCCCUUCAAAGUUGAUAUUCGUCUCCCAUUCUUCCGACUCGAUCGUGAAUGCCGACCCUGCUCAGACGCACCCAGAUCAUGUCGAUGCAGCAGUUUUGACAAGCUCUCUCUCAGGCGAAGCCAACAACAAAGGCGAUAUACCUUCCUGUCUCUAUGGAAAGAAGUGGAGGUGA